CACCUUUUAAUGAAAUAGACAAGUAAAUCUAUGGAGUUAAGUUUGAGGUUAUAACAGCCAAGUUUAUUUGUGAAUCAGAUUCAGCAUUCUAAGUGAAAAUGGAAAUGCGAGACAUUAAUUAUGAUAGAAGUGAAUACGUUGAAACAGCCUCUGGAAAUCGUGUAAGUCGUAGAACAGUUUUGUGUGGAUCUCAAAACAUAGUUCUACAAGGAAAAGUCAUUAUCCAAUCUGAUGCUAUAAUAAGAGGAGAUUUGGCUAAUGUAAAAACUGGCAGAUACUGUAUCAUUAGUAAGGAAGCAGUAAUAAGACCGCCUUACAAAAAGUUUAGCAAAGGGGUUGCAUUUUUUCCUUUAACUAUGGGUGACCAUGUAUAUGUUGGUGAGAGAUCUGUAGUUAAUGCUGCAAACAUAGGAUCUUAUGUUUAUAUCGGAAGAAAUGUUGUAUUGGGACGUAGAUGCCACUUAAGAGAUUGUUGUGUUAUUGAAGAUAAUACUAUCCUUGCUCCAGAAACAGUAGUACCUCCUUUUACAAGGUAUAGUGGAUCACCAGGUAUCCAAGUUGGUGAAGUUCCUGAAUGCCAGCAAGAUUUAAUGAUAGACUUUACCAGAAGUUACUAUCAACAUUUUGUACCAAAACUUUAAUUUCAAUGUAAAGAGUGCAUCUUUUACUAUCCAAUACCUAAUAUUAUUAUUUAAAGCACAAUUUCUAAUAAACAUUGUAUCCAAUUAAUAAUAAAUAUGUAUAUGUUGGAUU